AUGAAUAAAAAAUAUUUUCACCUUUUUACUUUUUGUCUCCUUCUUUAUUUGCUUCUCCUCUCCUACUUCCUUUCUCUUUGUCUCUUCUUUGUCCUCUCUGUCUUCUUCCUUUCUCUUUGUCCUCUCUGUCUUUCUUUCUUUUUCUUUCUUUCUUUUUCUUUCAUUUUCUUUCUUUCAUUUUCUUUCUUUCUUUCAUUUUCUUUCUUUCAUUUUCUUUCUUUCAUUUUUUUUCUUUCAUUUUCUUUUUUCUUUUUUUCUUUUUUUUUUUUCUUUCUUUUUCUUUUUCUUUCUUUUUCUUUUUCUUUCUUUUUCUUUUUCUUUCUUUUUGUCUUCUUUCUCUUUUCUUCCUUCCCCUUUCUUUCAUUCUUCCCCUUUCUUUUUUGUUUUCUUCUACUCCUCUUUUUGUUCUCCUUUCUUUUCUUUUAUUCUUUUUUCUACUUUCUUUCCUUUUUUCUUUCUUUCCUUUCCUUCCUUUCCUUUUUUCUUUCCUUUUCUCUUUUCUUUUUCAUUUUCUUCUACUCCUCUUUUUGUUUUCUAUGCCUUCUUUGCUCUUUCUCCUAUGAUUUUUUAUCAUUCCUUUUCUUCUUUCCUUUCCUUUACAUCUUUUUCUUCUUUCUUUCCUCUUCUUUCUUUUAUUCAUUUUUCUUUCUUUCCUUUUCUUCCCCCUCUUUUUCUUCUUUCUUCCAUUCUUCUUCUCCUAAAUAUCUUCUUACAUUCUUUUACUUCUCCCCUAAUUCAUUCAUUCAUUUUUUUUUUAUUUCAUCACCUUGUUAUUUCUAA